AAACUUGCCGAAACUUGGUUGAAAUCUCCUUUAGCCAUUUGCCAUUAUGUAAAAGUACAACAACUGGAUGUUAUUUGCGAGACACGGCGAUAUAAAGCAAACAAGACGGCAAAAUAUGGCUGAAAUCGUGUUUUCGUGGGGGGUAAGUGAAAUAAAAUAUAUUAUAUUUAUAGAAAACAGUGACUAUCCUUAUGAAAACUACAAUAAUUAUAUUAAAUUAAGCAUAGUUUUUCAUCCCAUGGUAAUUUUUUUUAGGAAAUAAGGAUAUUUAAUUUCUGUCAUGUAUAUUAGUUAUUUUCUGCAUAAUCAGCAAUUUACCUGGGGUGAUAAAUGGUCAUUUUCUUGUAAAAUAUUAUACUUACACAAAUUUUUCCUUCCAAUAACCACCCCUAAAAGCACCCUUCUAAACACUAUAAGCACUUCAGAAAGGCUGUCGCUUUUGCUUUUCGGAAGUUAGAGCUACGUCGGCACUGCCGUUUCAGGGCGGGGUCAUUUUCAGGACUUUCGUCCAGGAUUCAGGUUUUGGCACAUAUGCCAUGUUGACCGCCAUGGUCAUUUUACCCUAAAACAGUUGAGAUUACCUGUGGUAAAUGAAACGCAUACAAACUCAUAUACAGGUCCUAGACUAAUUGGUAAUUUUACAAAUUUAGUAGUAAGAAUAAUCAAAUAUGAAUCAAACUAUCAAAUCAAAGUAUAUAAUUUUCGGGGGUGCAAAAACUUUUGGGGGCGGUGCCAAAUGCUUCUGGGGUGCAAAAUCCCCCCCCCCCCCCCCCCGCCCCGAAAAUCCGUGCCUGAUAUGCUUGUCUCUGUCUGAAAAUGAGUACCCACUAAAUAUUAUUUAACCCAUAGAGUGGCACUACUAUCCACUUGACGAAUAAAAUCAUCUGGCGUUAGACAGAGUAAAAUUCUAAAUUAGGGCGCAUCAGAGUGCAUAACUGCCACUUAAAGGGUUAAUAAUGCAUACUGUAUGUAGUCAGGGGCCUAUUUAUGGCUGUUGUAGAUUUGAAUUUAUUAGAAUUAUAUACACUAGAUUUAUUAGAUAUAUAAUGGAAUAUAUUCAUACCAUUUGCUUCAAUCUCAUCAUGCGUAAUGUCAGAAAAUUGAUGAGCAAUACACUUUUCCCGUAGGUUAAUAAAAAACACUCUGUUAAUUUAUCAGUGAAGGAAAAACGUUUUAAGUGAUUAUAUAUCUACAAUUACUGUUACAGAAAUUCUUAUUGGAACCAAUGGUUCUCAAAGGAUUGAAUGGAUCUUUAAGGAUUCAAUGGAAAAUUUAUUUCCGACAGUAAUUUUUUUUAAAAGUUUUAAUAGGAUUACUAACCAUUAUAGAUAUGAAAUAUUUGAGAAUUUGUUUUUCUUCAUAUAACCACAGAGUAGAGACAUACAGAGACGUAACUAGUGUACCCACCUUUUUUGUGCGCAUGCUCGGCAAGUUACUAAAAGCAUGCAUCUGAUUGGAUGACAACCUGAUGGCGACUCACUUUAAACUUGCUGAGCACGCGCAGUUGAUCAUUUUUCGCCCGGUCGCCUGAAAAAAGUGGGUAUAUGAAAACGUAAGCUUCCGCAGUGUUUAAGUGGCUGUCUCACUAAGAACCAUGCAGAGCGUUUCAAGUUGAAAAUUUGAUUUCCUUUAUAUUUUUACCAUGAAUUACCUUUGUCCUAAAAGGUAUUAAACUAAGAUUAGAAUUUUAAAAUUUUUCUUUUUUUUUGAGUUAUGACGAAUUUUUGUCUAGACGUCAGCGACUCUGAAAUUUGACCCAGAAAACGGCGGUCAAUUGUGUGUUAAAUUGUGCAUCAUAAACUCGGAAAGUUUCGCGUCAAAUUAAAAACUUUUUUCAGCGUAUUGAGACAUAUUCUUCUUCUUUUAGAAUGCUGAAAGAAUUUCAAUGUACAUCUUAUUUUAAGCCUACUACUCUCCAUUCAAGGAAGUCGGUGUUUUCGUUCGCCGAACAACUAAUGAUUAGGUACAAAAUUCAAACUAAAAAUUGUCAAAAGUGCAACCUACUUGGUGUCUAAAACACUUUUAGGGUUAAAGUUGAAUACUUGAAGUUAUGUUAUUCGCAAUAAAACUUGUCGGCAAAAGGAAUAUGAAGGAGUGCAAGAUUCAUAAAUUAUGGCUAUAAAUAGCUCUAUUGUUUACCUUUGUGAUAACCGGAAACACGUUCAGUGUUGCUCGCGGAGCUUUUAUAGCGACUAAUAUAUUGCACAAUAUCAUUGUAUUUAACUCAGAAAAGUUUAAUUCGAUCGAUGAAAUGCGGCGGAUCGAUCUUUGAGGUCUAAAACGGUUAGAAGAAAUAAAUUCGUCUAGGACGUUGUAGCCUAUCCCUCAUGACCGGACAAGUAGAAUGUCAAUGUCAAAAAUGUAUAGGUUGCCGUAACGUCGCAUCGAAUUAAUAAAUCCAUGAACUUGUUAUUAUGUUCUGUUAAAAGUUUUCCGCAUUGCCCAUUUGGCAGAAUUUUUGUCCCAUCAUGCAAACCAUUCAAUUCAUCGUAUACUGAGAUCUGUCCUUUAUCUUCAUUUUAAUCUAUACAGCAAUAAUAAUAAUAAUAUUACAGGAUGAUCCGUCUGUUUGCCCGCGUUUAUACACAGACGAACUAGAAGACGAACUACCUUUUGCUUGCCCAUGUUCGUCCAGACGGAUGAUCCGUCUCUAGUAUAAAUCCGGCCAAUGUCAAUGCAACUAACAUCGUUUUAUACGAUGAAUUGAAUGGUUUGCAUGAUAGGACAAAAAUUCCGCCAAAUGGGCAAUGCGGAAAACUUUUAACAGAACAUAAUAACAAGUUCAUGGAUUUAUUAAUUCGAUGUGACUUUACGGCAAUACACAUUUUCGAUAUUGGCAUUGUACCUGCCCGGUCAUGAGGGAUAGGCUACAGCGUCCUAAACGAAUUUAUUUCUUCUAACCGUUUUAGACCUCAAAGAUCGAUCCGUCGCAUUUCAUCGAUCUAAUUAAACUUUUCUGAGUUAAAUACAAUGAUAUUGUGCAAUAUAUUAGUCGCUAUAAAAAUUCCGCGAGCAACAUUGAACGUGUUUCCGAUUAUCACAAAGGUAAACAAUAGAGCUAUUUAUAGCCAUAAUUUAUGAAUCUUGCACUCCUUCAUAUUCCUUUUGCCGACAAGUUUUAUUGCGAAUAACAUAACUUCAAUUAUUCUACUUUAACCCUAAAAGUGUUUUAGACACCAAGUAGGUUGCACUUUUGAGAAUUUUUAGUUUGAAUUUUGUACCUAAUCAUUAGUUGUUCGGCGAACGAAAAUACCGACUUCCUUGGAUGGAGAGUAGUAGGCUUAAAAUAAGAUGUACAUUCGAAUUCUUUCAACAUUCUAAAAGAAGAAGAAUAUGUCUCAAUACUUUGAAAAAAGUUUUUAAUUGGACGCGAAACUUUCCGAGUUAUGAUGCACAAUUUAACACAUAUUUGACCGCCGUUUUCGGGGUCAAAUUUCAGUGUCGCUGACGUCCAGACAAAAAUUCGUCAUAACUCAAAAAAAAAUAAAAAUUUAGAAAUUCUAAUCUUAGUUUAAUACCUUUAAGGACAAAGGUAGUUCAUGGUAAAAAUAUAAAGGAAAUCAAAUUUUCAACUUGAAACGCUCUGCAUGGUUCUUUGUGAGACAGCCACUUAAACGGUCAGUUACGUCUCUAUAUGUCUCUACUCUGUGAUGUAACUGGCAGGACAAAGUUUGACAAACAAACCUGUACUCAUGCUGCAAGCAAAUUAAAACAUUUAGCAGUUAAAACACUGGCUCUUACAGUACUAUCUGAUGACAUUAGAAAGAAACCUAGUGGCUAGCUAGGUGUUUAUGUUAAUAUUCAAAAGCCUGAUAGUUUAUUGUAAUUUAAUAAUAUACUUGGUUUAAUAUAUAAUUGGUUUAAUAUACCAUAUAAUUGGUUUAAUUAUAUGAAUAUAGAUUUAUAAAGGAAAGGAUACUGAUUUUUGUUAUCUUUUCUAUCACUUCUGAUGUAGACUCCAGGGAAUGCCUCUUUACUGCUCGAGUUACGCGUGAUUUUGUGACAGUAUCGUCACCCAGAUAUGGGCCAUUCCAUUUAAUAUACACACCCCCCUGUGGACGAAAAUUUCUGAGGGGGGUUGAAAAAGCCAUUUCUGAGGGGUUGUGUGCAUCGGCAUCCUUUGAUCUUUGCGUUUUUUCCGAGGGGUAAGGCAAAAAUUUCUUAAUUUCUGGAGGGGUGUUUGUGUCGGCACUUUGGUCUUUUUUUCUUAGGGGUUCAAAUUUUAUUGACUUCGUCCACAGGGGGGUGUGUACAUUAAAUGGAAUGGCCCUAUGCCACAACCGUAUCAUAAGGUGUUUGACUGUUGUCGUGCAAUUCAAAACCAUCUUUUAAAACAAUUGUAGUGGCCUUUCUUUGAUCCAUUCGUUGUUUCCCUGAUAGGGAUUUUCCUGAACAACAAUUAAAUUAUUAUAUUAAUUAAGCUAUUAAAUUAUAAAUCGAAUGAAACCUCGCACGCGAUAAAGUUUGUUAAAAUCUUUGAAUAUAUGAAACUAUUUAACUUACCAACACAAACUCUCUUCAACGGUGGCAAUGGAGCUUGUUUUGUUGAUGGAGUCAAUGUGUGCUUUCCUUGCGCAGGGCUUUUCACGCUGCCUUCUUCUUGUAUUUCUUGUAUAGGAGUGCUUGUUCUCUGUUUAUCAUGAUCUGAUAUACGAAAAAAGACAACAUAAGAAACAGUUUAUGCAAAUAUUGCGAUAUUUCCAACAGAAAAUAUAUGCGCUGCACACAUGGCUUGUAUCAAUUUGUCAACACUUACCAUAAUCCUUGUCCUUCAGCGAUAGAUUAUGCAUAGACGUCUCCAAAUCUUCUUCUGAACCCGACCAGAUGCUUUCUAAGUCUUGCAAAGGCAAGCUCUCGUUCAAAUCUUCGCUCAUUAUCAAAAUUUAUGCAUUUGCCGAGAAAUUGACCGAUUUGCCAAGAAACAGACACAAUAUUUCACAGUCCCUAACAAAACGCCUCGGGGCAUUCCCAUGGUCCUUUGCAUUAUAAGCAGUUUUAGGGACUGUGGAAGAGUCAGUGCAAAUCAGUCUUUACCGAUUGCAGAGAUAAAUUGACAAUGUAUUAUUACAUCAGUAUGGCGGUCCAUCACCGCCAAAAAUCAAUAUUGCAAUUCGACUUUUAAUAUGGGGAAUCAACAUUUAAUUUUGCCCAUAAUUUUUCAUACGGCUUUUGACAAUUGUUUACCACACAAACAUUUAACGACUUUCCUGCACGCAACAAUGAACUUGCUGGAAAAAUCUAAAUAUCAAAAGUUGCAAUUCGCUACACUGAAAGUUGCGAUUUGCACAGUUGAAAGUUUCAAUCUGUCAAAUUCGAAGUUGCAAUUUGUCAAGUUGAAAAUUGCGAUUUGUCAAGUUGAAAAUUGCGAUUUGUCAAGUUGAAAAUUGCGAUUUGCCGCCGCUUGUACAAAAGCCGCCAAAAUUACGUCAUACAAACUUUGUCAUAAUGACGUCAUUUUGAAAUACUUGGAAUCUUUGAUUCACUUGGAUUCUUUGAUUCUUUGAUCCUCUCAAAUUGACAAAUUCAUCAUGGAGGAGGAAUUGAAAGCCGUGAAAAAUUCGCUUACUCGUGUGGUCGACACUCUAUAACGUGUCGAAAGUUCUCGUUCUGACCCAGGUAUGUCAAACUUCUUUGAAUGGUGUGAACAUUAAUAUUUUUUAGAUGAAUAUGGUUUGAUUAUAAAUACGAAGAUUAAUAAUUUAAUUGUGCCUUUAUAUUGUUUGGCGGUUUUGCUGGCACAUGGCGUGAUGGCAGCAAAUUGUUGUUUAUAUUGGUGUUGUCUAAAUUCGUUCAAUCGUUCAUUCAUUUCUGCCAGCCAGCAUUACAGCAAUAAGUAAACAAAACAAGUCACUCAUAUUGAACAAUAUUUUAUUUUAUUGUUGUGCAUAUUGAAUUUCAAUUAUUUAAAUUAUGUUGAUUUUGUUGUGUUGGUGUAAUGUACUCAGGUGAAUAAGAUGCUUGUGAUGUUACUCUGAGUAUAUAUCCACACCGGGCAGGCUUGACAAAUAUGCCUGGCCACGAUGGGAAUCGAACCCACGACCUUUGGAAUGCUAGCCCACUCAAUCUCGAAACCAGAGCCCGCAAUCCUCUGUGGAGGCUUGCUGAGACUCUGGGAAACACCGGCGACUUUUGCACGAAAAUCAGUACAUGUGGAUCCAGUACUCCGCUCGACAUUUAUAAAUAGACAUUACUGCCGUCAAACAUGACUUAUGCCGUUGUUUAAGCUUAUUACGACUUUUAUUAUUAGCAUGACAAAAUUACUGGAUGCUGAUUGGUUGAGAGGAGUACAAUUAUUUCAUUAAUUGUACUGCAGUACAAUUAAUGAUUUUCCCAAAACAAACAAAAUGGCGGAAACAUAUUUUAAACUCAAGCGUGAAAUGAAAUUGCCGUGGAGGAACAAGAUGAAAAUACGAACAAAAUCACCAAAUUUUGCUUUAACAAAAGAACUAAAUGAAAAUACAAACAAAAGCACCAAAUUUUGGUUGAAAGUCUGGCGGGACUGGGCUUUGGCGAGAGAAUAUGAUGCUGACAUUGAGAAGUACGUAUCCAAUUUUGUCAUGUUAAUAAUAAACAAGUAAUCAUGCGAUGUUGCUCGUACAAUUAGGGAUUAAUGGUACUUGUGAUGUUUGGAAAUUUGCCAAAUUGGACUCGCCCCGGAGGCUUGUCCAAUUUUGGCAAAAUUUCCAAACAUCACUCGUACUAUUAAUCCCUAAUUGUACUCGCCAUCGCAUGAUUACCUAUACUAAUUCUUCAAAGAACACUUGCCAUGGUUUUGAACUGUUGUAAGGGGCGGACCAUUUGAUUUUUGAGGGGGGAGGUGGAAGAUUCAGUCUGUGCAAGAAUUUUUUUUCCGCCCAGGCGAACGAGACAGAUAUUUUUUUCCUGUAAAAGUGCAGCGCAAGAUAUUUUUUUCCCAAUAUAUUUGGCCGCAGGAUAUUUUUUUUGCCUCUCAUAAUAACGGCUUACAGUAACUUUAGGCUUUCAUAUAGCUAUCAUCGGAGGCGUAGCAGGGGUUUUCAGUCAGAGGAGGCCGAGAACUGAAUCCCAAGAGGGGCCAAGGAAUUUUCACUGUGCUUUAUUUUAUAUAUGGUUAUGUCUUAAUGUUCCCCACACUAAAGCGUGCAAGUUUACUUACAAAGAAUGUAUAACUGCACCAAAACCUAAAACAUGCAGGGAUAGAGUAGAGUACUCGAAAAUGGGGGAGGGUACAGUAUAUGAAUGACCUGUAACCUUGGGGGUUCGAGGGCAUGCUCCCCCGAGAAAAUUUUAAAAUUUGAACCUCGGAAAUGCUAUUUCCUCCGUUUUCAGCCAUGGAUAAUUAUCUUAAGCCAAGAUUUUCUCAGGGGGGGGGGCAACAAUUUUGCCAGGGAACACCACUGGCUAUCGUAUGUCAGAGGCUCCAAAAGCGGUAGAAUCCCUGUGAUGUUAUCCACUGUUCAUCCCGUGUUCUUUUAAGCAAAUGUGCCUGCUCAAAAAUGCAAAAUCUUGCAAGCCUGUGGACACAAUACUGAAGUGAAGAGCAUCAGUAGAGUUACAUGUAGAACAUUUAUUUUGAGCGCUCUCUUUUGCAUGAUAUUUUUUUUUCUCGAUUGUGUGCUGCAUGAUUUUUUUUUCUUUCUCCUUGGGUUGCAGGAUUUUUUUUUCCGAAAUCUUCCACCCCCCCCCCUCAAAAAUCAAAUGGUCCGCCCCUUACGGUAAAUCAUGGAUUGUUGUGUUAUUUUAAAUAUUAUAGGCAACGGCUUAUCAUGACCUAAUAUGGUAAUGCUGCACUGUUGUUAUUCUAAUUUUGUUAUUUAUAGCAUAUCAAUAUCAGAAAUAGAAUAGUCUUUUGAUUUCAUAUGAGAAGCUAGGAAAGCUUAAUAAGUUUAUUAAUGUUAUGCUGUGUGUUUCAUUGAUAUGUUUAAACAUAAUACACAAAGAGAAAUAAACUUUAUAUUAAUUUUAAACGAUGUUUGAAAUUUGAAUCACUAAAUACGGCUCAAAGUUUGAAUAAUAAUUAGCACGUGAAAAACAACCAAUCAGAGCCCGACUUUCGCUGGUGUUUCCCAGAGUCUCAGCAAGCCUCCUCAGAGGAUUUCGGAACUGAGGGCCUGUUCAUAUGGGCAAAAGUUAUCCCGGUUAGCGAGAAAACUUUUCGACAAGUUUACAAGCGAGAUCUCGCCUUGGUAUGAAAAUAAUAUGAAAAGUUACACUGCGUUCAUACACAGGUUCAUAUGAGACAAAAAGUUUUCCCUUGUACCGAGAUCUCGCUUGUUGACAGGCUAGAUCUCGGUGACCGGGAUAAUGUUUUUCCCAUAUGAACUCAACUUUCCCGCUUAGCGGGAUAACUUUCUGUCGUGUCAGCAACUUUUCAAAUCAAUUGAUGUUCAGUGCCACGUCACAGCCGAAAACUUUACCCGGUAAGCGGGAUAAAGUUUCUCCAUAUGAACAGAAAAAAAGUAUUUGGCUAGUCGAAAAGUUUUCUCGUUAACCGGGAUAACUUUUGCCCAUAUGAACAGGCCCUGAGUCUAGUUCCUUCGAUAUCAAUGUAAUCUAAUAAUCAUGAUUUUGCUGUGUUGGUGUAAUCCGAUUUGUGUUGGUGUAAUCAUGAUUUUGCUGUGUUGGUGUUAAUGGUGUAAUUGGUAAUAGCACGUACUCGUACCGACCUGACCGCGUAGCUCAGUUGGCAGAGCAGUGGGCUAGUAUUCCAAAGGUCGUGGGUUCGAUUCCCAUCGUGGCCAGGGGCCGGUUGUAUAAAAACGUAGUUAGCGCUAACUGCAGUUAAAAAGUAGUUAACUCUUUUUCGUUCGCUGCUGAAAUAACCAGGGGCCGUUGUAUAAAACUCUUAAUCACUUUUUUAAUCACUAUUUUGUAGUUAAAUAGCGAUUAACUCUCAAAUACGCGCUUUUUAUUGGAUGACGUUUCCACUAACUAUAGUUAACUUUAAUCACUUUUUUAUACAAUCGGCCCCAGGUAUAUUUGUCAACCCUGCCCGCGGUGUGGAUAUACACUCAGAGUAACAUCACAAGCAUCAUAUUCACCUGAGUACAUUACACCAACACAGCAAAAUCAACAUAAUUUAAAUAAUUCAAUAUGCACAACAAUAAAAUAAAAUAUUGUUCAAUAUGAGUGACGUGUUUUGUUUACUUAUUGCUGCAAUGCUGGCUGGCAGAAAUGAAUGAACGAUUGAACGAAUUUAGACAACACCAAUAUAAACAACAAUUUGCUGCCAUCACGCCAUGUGCCAGCAAAACCGCCAAACUAAAAGGCACAAUUAAAUUAUUAAUCUUCGUAUUUAUAAUCAAACCAUAUUCAUCUAAAAAAUAUUGAUGUUCACACCAUUCAAAGAAGUUUGACAUACCUGAGCCAGAACGAGAACUUUCGACACGUUAUAGAGUGCCGGCCACACGAGUAAGCGAAUUUUUCACGGCUUUCAAUUCCUCCUCCAUGAUGAAUUUGUCAAUUUGAGACGAUCAAAGAAUCAAAGUUUCCAAGUAUCUCAAAAUGACGUCAUUAUGACAAAUUUGUAUGGCGGCUUUUGUACAAGCGGCGGCAAAUCGCAAUUUUCAACUUGACAAAUCGCAAUUUUCAACUUGACAAAUCGCAAUUUUCAACUUGACAAAUUGCAAACUUCGAAUUUGACAGAUCGAAACUUUCAAAUGUGCAAAUCGCAACUUUCAGUAUAGCAAAUCGCAACUUUUGAUAUUUAGAUUUUUCCGGCCACCAAGUUCAUUGUUGCGUGCAGGAAAGUCGUUAAAUGUUUGUGUGGUAAACAAUUGUCAAAAGCCGUAUGAAAAAUUAUGGGCAAAAUUAAAUGUUGAUUCCCCAUAUUAAAAGUCGAAUUGCAAUAUUGAUUUUUGGCGGUGAUGGAACGCCAUACAUCAGCUAUCUUGACAUGGUUACAAUCGCCAAGACCAAAUGGAAACCUGAUUUUAGUGUUAUAUAUAAAAAGACUCCUCUUUUAAUUAUAGUAUUUUCUGCUAAUGUAUACUUUUGGUCGACGUUAAUAUCUUAUCAGUUCCAUAUUCUUAUUCAAUAAUUAACACUAUAACGCCUGGGAAUCUCCAUUUGACGAGUAAAAAUGAAAAGGGGAUCAAAGAAAAAUAUUCUAAUAUGCAGGGGGGUCACCAUUACAUUUCUGCUCUUGUAAGGUGGGGAGCUUUUUCAAUUUUAAAAAAUUAGGAAAGAAAAAUCCCCCCCCCCCCUUUCCAUAAAUAAUGGCCGGUCCCUAAGAACACAAGGUCUUGUACUCAUGGGGACAAAACUCAAAGAAAUAAAAAUUAGAAAGUUUAAAAGAAAUACAGUAAUUCAACCAAAACAUGAGCUUAGUAUUCAACUUAGGGUUAAUAACGAGUAACGAGUUUAAUUAAUUAAAAAACAGGCCCGGAAGUGCAUAUUUUAUAGUUAUCGUUAACUGUACAUUGUCAUAUGACUUAUAUCUGUAUUAAUUUAUCAGUCGAGUUUAAUGCGGUUGAUUGGCUAUUUUGACAAUCUUUUAUAACAGACCAAAACGAUAUAAAAUUAUAAUUAAAACACGAUUCCUUACCAUUUGUAAUGAUAUGCCAAGAAUCAGCAGAGUUUUUAAUAGAGUUAUCAACAGAGUUACCAACGGAGUUUUUAAUAUUUUGUGAUUUUUAAAUUAAUCAAAAUCGGUUUCGUAAAACCACUAUAUACAGCUAUUUCAAUUUAGAUUGUCCACGAGCAAAGCGGAAAAGUCAAAUACGAGCGCGAAAGGCUGCUGGGAAUCGCUAACAAAUUAAUGAAUUUUCAAAGCGGUUCCCAGCAGCCUUUCACGCUCGUGAAACAACUCGUGCUCACAAGCUGGUGCUCGUGGACAACCUUAAUUGAAAUAGCUGUAUGCUAAAAAAAUAAAGUUUAGUGUGGUCUUAUUUUGAAGAGAACAGAACCGGCAAAGAACGCUGACAGGGAAAUUAGAAAAGACCCGCGAAAAAGCCCGCGACAAAAUACCCGCGAAAAAAUCCGCGACUUUCGUUAAUAACUCGCGACUUUCGUUAAUAACCCGCGACAAUUAGAUUAUUUCGAAAUUUAGAAAUGAUUAAAAACAUUUCAAACAAUUUUGGAUUGUUACUCGGUCAUUUUAGAGUAGUUUUAUAUGGUUAAUCCAACUCCUGACGUCAUAGUUAAUGAGGUCAAGAUUUAGUCCAAGAUGGCAGACAGCUCAUUAAUUUCGGUCUAAAUAUUUCGAGAACUAAGCAAGAUAUGACAAAUCGGUAAUAGAGUUUAAUAUAUAAUUUUAAGAGUUCUUUUGAAUGAGAUAAAUUAUUUUUCUAUUGCCAAUGUCCUUUAAAACUCCGAAACAUCACUUUAAUAUCCGACAAAAACUAUCCGACCCGACUGUUGGAGAAAACCUUGCCGUGAUAUUCUUUUAAUUUAAUUUAAUUUACUUUAUCUAACUUUGCCUUGGUAACAAUAUUAAGAAGAAACAUCAAAUUACUAUAUAUAUAUAAACAAGGCAGGAUUUCCGCAACAGCUACAGCCAAUUACUGCGGAUCCUUCUUCACAAUAUUCGUUAAAUUAGUUAAGUUUACUGAACCAUUUUAAAACCAUUUUGUUUAAUAUCCGCUGGAUAUCUCAAUUUAUACUAUACUAUUUAUUUAUAUAUGUCAUGUUUUCAUUGUGCUAAUCUGCUGUAUAUUGUAUUUUCGCUGCGUCGUGUUUUCGAAACUUGUAAAAAAAAACAACUUUGUAAUAAAGCAAUAAAGUCAUGCAGGAAGCCAUUUUGAAAGCGUGUACGCAACAAACAAUGCAACACUAAAACUGUAGCCGUGAACCGGCCGAAAACAGUUUUAUUUCUGAAUUUUAAUUAAACUGAUAUUUGGAUAUUUUGUUUUAUUCAUUAAAAAUCUAUACUAAAACAAUUAUUGGCCUCAGUGAUUACGUUGAAUAUUCACCGGUAAUCACUUCAAUAGCUUUUAACUUACAUUUAUAUCGUGCAUUACACAAUGGAUCGAGUUCUGUUUAUUUGCAUUCGGAAUUUCUUAUUCUUAGCCGAUAGUAUUACCCGCUGAGUCGUAUUUUUACUGGAAAUUAGCAUUAUUUUAAUUAUUUUGACUGGUACUUAUUCUGGUUUAUUGCAGUGGAAUUUCACAAUGGCACCAUCAAACUGGACUAAUAUGAUCAUCAAAUUGAACUUCAUUUGCUUGCCAAAACAAUCAGUGAGCCCAGGAUGUCUUCUGAUAAAAUUAAUAAAAUAUUCGCCUGCAGAUUGUAAGUAUUUCAAUACGCUCAUUUUAGCAACAAAGAACAUUUUGAAAUAAGAAAUUUAAAAGUUGUUUGCACAGAGAUUGGUAUCAUUCAAAUCCUUGAAGCUUGCACAGAAAUUUAUUUGAGACAAUUUUGUAAAAUGUAAUGGUAUAUGUAUACGCUUCUGGGCGGGGCCGAUUGUUCGAAGCCCGUUUAGCUUAAACGGUGACGUGGAUAAGUCAAAAUUAAAUAACAGAUUCACACAUUUUAUAAAUGACUGAACUUAAAUCUCAUGCACAAAAUAUAUAGUUGCAAACAUAAUUGUUCAGUACUCAAGUUGAAAUAUUUUAGUUUGGUUACUUGAUGAAUGUAUAAACUUGAUCAAUAUUUUCGACUUAUCCACCGUUUAGCCUAAACGGGCAACGAACAACCGGCCCCUGUAAAAUAAGGGCAUCGGCUCUAUUUAUUUUACCCAAAGUCACGCUGUUUAUUCUUUAAUUUUAAUUUUAAAAACACUUGCAGUAUUGGUUGAUGAAAUGGUUUUAACGGUUAAGUUAUUGGGUUUUUUGAGAUCAUUUGCUUUCUUGUGUACUAAAUUAGCUCUAUACAAUUGCCAUACUGUAAAAUUACAAUGUACACCAUCUGCAUGUACCAUGGUACCCUGCAAUCGUGCGAUCUUGCAGUAUAUAUUUUGUGGACAAAACUUUCCACAAACUGUAGAAUACAUAUUCUAUACUUCGUGCAACGAUUGUUGAAAUAGAUUUGUUUCUAGACUUCAUUAUAACAAGAAAGGUAUACCUUAAUGCAACUUGUUUCUCGCAACACAAUUGCAAGACAAGUUGGGUGGAUAUUGUUUUCUAAAGCUCAUCAAUGCAUGGGCGGUGUUAACUAUAAUAAUCUGCUGACGCUGAUCUAGUGAUGCUUAUCUGCCAUGGUGUCAAUGGCGAUCCCGUCGUUCCAAUGCGAAAAACCCGUUUUAUUAUAUUUGCCACUUACUAAUAAACAGAACAAUUACUGCCAAUUAUAUUACCAACCUAUUGAUGGUAAGAUAUCUAAUCACAUGUAAGAUAAUCGCAAGGACUAAAUGAUCCGUACGUAAUAUGUAAUCAACUGAGGUCACAAAAAAUUAUGGCAAAAUCAACAACAUACAAUAUCCUAAGGCUUUCAAAUAGACCUUUAUAAAAAGGUUGACGUCAGCAGGCUUGUGACGUAGUUUGCGGAGAAAAUCCCGAAAGCUCAGAGUUGUUUACUUGUUUUGAGUUUUUUAAGAGCCAAAAGAAGCCAGUAUUAUGGUAAGUUUGAAGUAAAUUUUUCUAUAUAUAGGUCAAAUGAGUUUUCAUAUUCGUUAGAGUUUAAAUUUUAUUUGUUUUUAUAUUAGAUUGUACAUUUAUUUUACUGUCAACAUUUAGCAAAUUGUUCGCUCGGUCUGUUUACAUAUUUCUUUGCUAAAAAGUAUAUAUUUUUCUUUUUUGUUUCUCGAAUUCACUGAUCAGUCUCAUCAUCAGAAUGGCCCAACUGGCAAAACCUUGAUAGAAAAUUAAAGCUAGAUUGUUGACCCAGACACGGAAAGUGUUAUACACGAUUGAUAAAAGCUAUACUUGUCAUGUAUGUUCACUUCAACUAUAUUUAUCGAUAAAAUAAGAGACUUUAUAGUCUUAGUUUAUAAUAUGUCUAAGUUCACUUAUGACUUAUGUACCACUUUGCACGAUCACUGAGCCUGUGUAUUGCUGUCUACAGCUUGAUUGGGGGCCAUUCUGAUGAUUAGACUGAUGAAUUCGAGAAACAAAAAAGAAAAAAUAUACUUUUUAGCAAAGAAAUAUGUAAACAGACCGAGCGAACAAUUUGCUAAAUGUUGACAGUAAAAUAAAUGUACAAUUUUAUCUAAUAUAAAAACAAAUAAAAUUUAAACUCUAACGAAUAUGAAAACUCACUUGGCCUAUAUAUAGAAAAAUUUACUUCAAACUUACCAUAAUACUGGCUUCAUUUGGCUCUUAAAAAACUCAAAACAAGUAAACAACCCUGAGUUUUCGGGAUUUCCUCCGCAAACUACGUCACAAGCCUGCUGACGUCAACCUUUUUAUAAAGGUCUAUUGCAACUACGUAUUUCUGUAGGAGGCAAUAUUAGACAUAUGAUUAUGGUUCAUUCUUGAAAAAAUGUCUAACUACGAUCAAUAAAAGUCUUUACUCUUUUAGGUCCAACAACAACUUCAACUACGGUAAGACAUAAAUAUUUUGUAUUCAGAAUUGUGAAACAUAUACUGAGCUUUGUAAUAUUGGAAUUGAUUUCAAUAAUUGUAUGGUAAAUAUACAGCCCUAUACCUUCCAGGGGCUUCAGAGUUCAGAUGUGGUUUCCUCAUUACACUGACCUGAAAGGUCAAGUGUCUUAAAUCCCUAAUUUUCUGCGUUUUUUCGUCGUCGAGAUAUCGAGUUUGCGUUAGCGCAUCGCAGGCUCAGGGUGCAACGAUUAAGCCAAAAUGCCAACGAUUCUUCAAUUCCUCGAUUUAAAUAUUAUAGUAACAAGCUCGUAUUUAUGUACGUAAUAGCCGGCUCAUGCCAUGCUUGUGGUACAUUUUUCGUUUAUUAGCCCAUACACUUUUACGCACGCGCACAAUUCCAAUCUCCAAGGGUAGAGUUCUCCAGUGACAUAUUCAGUCCAGUUUCAAAAUGGCGGCUUUUCACUGAGUGAUCAAAAUAUAUUUCACACAGUUUCGAUGAGUUUUCAAAGAAUUGUGCCGGUUUCUUAUGGAUUUUACGUUGUGUCCCACUCUGGACUUUCUUGCGUGUUGAAUUAAUGUGUUUUUCUUUUAUGUUUCACUUGUGUUCAUUUUUGGGUCGCACUCUGUCGUCAUUUUCAGGUCAGUGUAAACGCCUGAAUAGGCAUCUUGUUCUCUCUCCUCCGCAGAGCCUCCUUAAGUAUUUACAAAUAACUUACAUGAAGUUUCCUGAAUAAAAGUGAGCGCGCGCGGUGUGAUGGGAAGAUUGAAAUGAAGUUGGGGAGGCUCUGCCAGAUAAUGCGACGAAGUAUGGUUUUUGAACCAAACUAGUUUUUUGACCUUUUUUUAAACUUGAAAUCGACGGAAAUGUGAAAGAAAUUGAAAUGAAUCUUCAUAAUCUGAGUAUCGAAGUUCAACAGAGUCAUUUUUAUAAAGAAAUGUUGCAAUUAAAAGGAUAUUUAUAAUCAGAUAGCUCGUAUCCAUUGAUAUUCGUUUGCAAUUUCUCAAUAUUUUUCGAUGCAAAUGGACAGAAGAUAUUGAUAUUGAAUUCACUCCAGGAUACUCACGUACGCCUGAAAUGAAUGUCGAAAACAUGUUUUAACACCCUCGAUGGUUGAUCGAACUUUGCUACAAACGAUUAUAUACGACGCCAUAUUGAUUGCAUUAACUCGCAGAGGCUCCCUUUAUUUAGCUCUUCCCAUCACUCCUUGCGCGCUCACUUUUCCUCACUAGAAACGUCAUGUAAGCCUCUGCGGAGGAGAGAUCAUCUUGUUAAUAAGGUUUCUGGCUAGUAAUUUGAAACGUUGCGAAGCCUCUAGUCAACGAGGCAAUCCUUUCAUAAUCAAACCGCGCCCCAUUAGCGAUUUUAAUGCAGAAUCUGUAGUAGACACAUGAUUGAUGAAGUUUUAAAUAGAAUAAUUUACAUAUGAUUUGUUUCUGUGUUGGUGUUAUGUACUCAGGUGAAUAUGAUGUUUGUGAUGUUACUCUGAGAGUAUAUCCACACCGGGCAAGCUUGAAAAAUAUGUCUGGCCGGUGGGAAUCGAACCUGCGACUUUUGGAAUACUAACCCAAUGCUCUGUCAACUGAGAUGCGCUGUCAGGUGAUUUUCUCCCUGUCAGCUCUCAGUUAUCCAAAUAAAUUUUACAAGAUGGCAAUUAUCUAAGUUGCAGUAUACCAUGCGUUUGAAUCCCAGCACACGCAACAAUUAAGUCAUGAUUUUAUUUAAUCUUAUGCAUGAAUUUGUUACAUGCAUGAUCGAUCAGUUGAUCUACAAACUUAAUUUUUAAUAUACAUUAUACUGCUAGUGACGACUUGAUAUAAUUAAUGAAAUUUAGAGAUCAUAUAUACUGCAGUACAAUUUAGCUACUGAAUAUAAUAACAUUUGAAUGUGCUAAAUAACGAAUAUUUAUAAAAUAUAAAUAUAAAUAAAUGAAAAUAUAAAUUCUACUCAUAUUCAUGUGAGGACAUACCUGACAAAUAAAGGAAGUUUUCUAAUACUUUUUAGGAUUUGUGUUAAAGGAUUAGUGUCAUUGCGGGAUUUUGCUAUUGUUUACAUUUUACUCAAAUACAACAAAUAGCGAUAAAAAUACCUUGUUUGGCACAUUUCUGAUACAAAUCAAACAAAAAGAGCAAGGAUUAUGAAAGGAUGGUUUAAAUAUAUGACGGAUUGUAAAAACUUUCCAGAUCAUCUAAUCUAUUCGUCCCGAAAAAUGGCCGCCAGCAGGAGUUUGAGGGCCUGUUUACAUGGAGGUAGGGUGACCCUAGCAGAAGGGUUACCCUAGCAAGCGGGUUACCCUACUUCAAUAUGUUUUAUAGGAAGCGUUUACAUGCGUGCUAGGGUUACCCUAGGGGUAGGGUUACCCUAUCAAACAGAUAGGGUGACCCUAGCAGCAGGGCUAUCUUUUUGUUCACAUAAGCCAUGUAAACGCGUCAGGUAGGGUUACCCUAGCAAGCGGGUCAUGUUUAUUCGUCCUACUGUGACAAACAACUAACAAGGAUGGCGUCGCUAGAUUAUACAUAUCAGCCUGGCGAGUAUUUUAAAUGACACCAGAAAAUAAGAAGGAUAAGCAAUUUACAAAUAAGGAAGCGGCAGAGGCAUAGAACGAAGCUUUGACUUUGGACGAGAACGCUGCGAAUGAUGUAGUUUCGAUAACAAAUUCAGCGUCAAAGACGGCGAACUGGAAGCAAAAUUCCGGCGCAUCCUCAUCGACGUCAAAGAAACAAAAUAAAUGCUCUUAGUCAGCCGAACAUGUCAAAAAACUGUUGUGUUUGACUAUAUCAAGGAAUACAUUACGCUUAUUUACGCAAUGCGAGUAAUAGACCACAACAUUGAAAUAACAGACCACGAUAUUGAAAUAACCUCGGAAAUAACAGACCACAACAUUGAAAUGCAGCAAGCAAAGGCCCAAUAAAUAGCAUUACACAACUUGCCGCUAAAAUGUUGCGUUUCGGUGCCAUUUAUCUAAUACAGACCACUUAGCGACCAUGCAUAGGUAGGGUUACCCUAUCCGGCAACAUAGCCCUAGCAGUAGGGUCACCCUACCUCAUGUAAACGCUCGCUAUUUUCUGACCCGCUUGCUAGGGUAACCCUCCUGAUAGGGUCACCCUACCUCCAUGUAAACAGGCCCUGAGCCUGCGAAUUCCUGGUGUGACACUAAUCCUUUAAGUCAAAGAAUCAGGUUUCAUGUAUAGCUAAUAUUGGCUUCAUUAAAAUCAACCCAUUAUAUCCCACUAGUCAUUACUGCUACAUUUUAUUAAAUCAUAUAUACCGCUAAACUACCCGACACGACACAUCACUUACCUGACCAUACACAGAGAUCUUAUGACAAAUCUGCCACAUGUUACCACUUGACACAAGUUGUAGGCAGUUGUCAGCACUUGCUACUACCAUGGCACAGGUGGCUAGCACCUGCUACCACUUGCGCUACAUACACUGUACAUCACUUAAAUUGCCAUACACUAAAUAAAACCCCUUGUAAACUCAACCAUGCAGUCGCUACACCACUUGACAUAGGUGCUAUUGGCAGCUACAGUACUAUAGCACCUGCUACUACUCGACAGUGGUGGGAACCACGUGAUAGCAGCUGCUUACCGUCUGUUACAGGUGAUAGGCUAGUCAUUGCAAACCACUUGUAACCAUUGGCGGCCACCAUAGAUAUAAAAGCACAUAAUAUUGUGGACAUAAGUUAAAAUUUUAUACCCAUGCUGAAUUGAUGUUAUAUAUUUCGUCCCUCUUUUUCAAGCAAUGAAUUGAUGUACUGUAUGUACUCACAGCAAAAAAUUUUCUUUCAACCGACAAAGAAUAAAUUAAUUUGUCGUGAAAACUGUAAAGUUAGCUAAAUCUGAAAAUUAGUCAUACUAGGCUAUAUGCAACUAAUUUUGCUUUACUUCACGAUGUUAAGUAGCUUCGUAAUGAAAUUUAUUAGAAUUACUAUGUUGACCUUGGCAGGAUGUCCUUCUGAACGAUUGUUCAAGCAACGUAGUCCUCGUGAAUGGAUCGCUGGAAAAUAAAUUUCUUCAAGGCUCACGUUAUUUAAGACAAUAAGGGCUUCUUAGCAUAAGGAUCCGUUUGAGCAAAUUGUAACGUGCCGAAUUGGCACUCUGCUUCUCAGACUAACAUACUCGCAACAGAGUCCGAGUAGCAGAAUGUUUGUGAUUGCGCAUGCAACACAGCCCAAGUACGCUACAAAAUAUUGAAUGCUACCCGAAAAAUCUCGACCUAAUAUAUUCACACCGCGCAAAGCUCGUGAUCAUCAGGAUUUUUUGCCUACACUUUACAGGUAUCAUCGUCUGAAGCAGCCCCUACAAAAUCUCCGACAAUAGCAACAUCAGCAACAACACCAGAAAGCUCUAAUGGCACCGUCACUACUUCACAACCAACACAUACAAAAUCACCAACAAGGUCCAAAGAACAACAGGAAGGUGAAUCAUCCAGUGUUGUUGGUAUUGUUGUUGGUGUGCUAGUGGGAAUAUUGGUAUUAUGUGGUAUAAUUCUUGGAUAUUUUUGUUAUAAAAGAAAAAGGUAAAAGCAGCAUUUUAUAUUUCAAUGUUUGGCACACAUGCAUGCAUGUGUAGGAUUUUAAGA